CACCUUCCAACCAUGGGAUCAACAUUUCCUCAUUAAAUAGAGCUUAUGGGCCCGUCUCUUCAUUAUCCUAAUCUACUCAGUAACCCAUAAUUUUCUCUUCAAUUUCUGCUGGGCUUUGGCCCGCUUUAUUUUUAGCUCUUCCUUCCAAGAGUGGCUUCCCCUCCUCUCCCCAUUCCCUGCCAGCAGGCAACAGCGAAACGCUCUCUCAAAUGGCAGACACUCAGUCGCAUAUCCGACCGCAGCACUUGGGCGACAAGUAUGGGCCAAGGCUCGUUGACAAGGCAGAGAAGUUGCAGAACCAGGCUGUCGCUAUGGCCGUCGGCUCCAAGAGCGACUCGUCCGAGCCUGCUGGAGGCUUCGAUAGCACACCAUUCCCCUAUGCACCUCCUGGCUUUACUCUCAGAUUCACCUUUCAUCGCGGCGUAAAUCUGCCUGUCGCUGAUUUCGGAACGUUUUCUAGCGACAGCUAUCUUGUCGCUUCCUUGGCUGUCGACGUUCCGCAGCGGCAUAAACAAGAUCCUCUACCUACCUACAGGACGCCGACUGUGCGCAAGAAUCGCGACCCUGUCUGGGAGAAGGAGUGGACAGUGGCCAAUGUGCCCGCAUGCGGGUUUAGGCUGAAAUGUCGCGUAUACGAUGAGGAUGCGGCAGACCACGAUGACAAAUUAGGGAAUGCCUAUAUCCAGGUUGACUCAAUUAGCGCUCAAUGGCCCGGCAUUCAACAACAGCCUUUUCGGUUAAAGAAGCAUACUGGCAGCAAACGUGUCUAUCUUUUUGGUAAUGUUGCUGCCAUUGCCUCGAGACGUCUUCACACGGAUCCACAUCUGGUCAUCAGCGUUGAAUGUCUGGGGAAAACGCCUGGCACUAACGGUGCGCAAGUAUACACCGUUGGGCCGAAUUACUGGUUUAAACAUUUCUCGCCUUUAAUUGGCAGAUUGACUGGGACAAAGGACGCGGUACAAAGUCAGGAUGGGAGGAAAACGGUCAACCGCUAUAACUUUCAAGCUAUACAAAUUCAACUCAAGGGACCUGUACCCAAAGAACUGUAUCACAGAUAUGUGGAGUUUAAGCCUUUCGUGGCAGGGAUGUUCACGUCGCAUACUUUGCGGGGGCGGAUACUCAACAGAGCGCUUCAUCACCAGCAUGAAAGGAUCUAUAAUUUUGACCGGGCAACAUUGGACGGUCAGUUCGACGAGCCAUGCCUGGAGCUGACGCAGAAGUUUCUUGAAUUUGUUCAUUAUGCCCAAGGGGGUAGGAUAUUCACUUACGUUCUUACUCUCGACGGUCAGCUUCGCUUUACGGAGACAGGAAAGGAAUUCGGCAUCGAUUUAUUGAGCAAACACACGAUGCACAGCAAUGUAUCCAUCUAUAUUGCCUAUUCAGGGGAGUUCUUCGUUCGACAGCGCAAGCACAAUCAUCGAAUGCAGUCCUUGGUAUCAAAUAGCUCAUCCACGGAGUAUAUCAUGGACAACGAUGGCGAAGAGAUGGAGGUAUCAACCGACCCCACUAAAUAUGAGCUCUUUAUAGAUAACGACAGCGGCACCUACCGGCCGAAUGCCAAAUAUUUGCCGCUUCUGAAGCAGUUCAUCUCGUCUAACUUUCCCGGGCUACACAUCACCACUCUGGAUUGCCAGGCUGAUGCAGAGCGAAUGGAAAGGCUAAAGAAUGAACAAAGAGAACAGAAAAAUCGUGCGCGCGGCCAAAUGGCUUUCCUUCAGCAAAGGAGCAGGUCUUCUUCCUCUUUAUCCAUAUCGAGCUCUGACGAGGAUGAAUUGAACGAGCACAGCGGCUUAGAGAACAAAAAGAGGGGAGACUUUGCUAGAAAGGUGCACGAGAUGCGGGACGUCAAGAGUCAGGUACUAAGGUGGGCGCAGGCAGAUCAAGAUGAAGGUGCAAGGAAGAAUGCGACCAUGUCCUCACGUCCUCCUGAGGGAGCACCUGACCAAAAGAACCCCCAACAAUGAUUUCCCAAAUUGAUACCCAGAUGGCUCCUAAAAGCUACGAUUGUGCGUUCAUUCCUCUCACUUUUCCCGGCGUUUUCUCUAAACCCGGCUCCUCCUUCUACGGCCGCUGUUUUCCUAGGUCAACUCUAUGAAUUUCUACGCGGGACCAUCGUUAUUGUUUAUUUCCUGUGAUUAUAAUAGUAAUAUGCUUAGAUGGGAGGGGUGAGAUUGACUAGCCUUGUAUAAACAUUUGCCCCGUUUAGAAGGU